UGGUGCAGCCCCAUUCCAGAGGCCCACCAGCAGAUCCUGUGGUACUUUGGACUCCUGGAGAACGGCGAGAUAAACUGCGAGGCUCUUGGGAACAUGAUCUUCUCCCAGCCGGAGAAAGGGCGGCUGCUGAACUCCAUCACCCACCCUGAGAUCCUGAAGGAGAUGCUGAAGCAGAUCCUGAAGUACUUUGUGCUCGGAUACCGCUACGUGAUCCUGGACAUCCCUCUGCUCUUCGAGACCCGCGGGUUGACAAAGUUUAUGAGAUACAUGGUCUUGGUUUAUUGUGACCCCCCAGCACAGCGCGCGCGGCUGAUGAGGUGGAACGGGCUGGACGUGGCCGCAGCUGACGCCCGGAUCAGCUCCCAGAUCCCACUGGAGGAGAAGCUCCAGAGGGCAACUCACGUCAUCGACAACUCGGGGGACAGAGAGAGCACCUGCCGGCAGGUGCUGUGGCUCCACACCUGCCUUGAGGAUGCCCUGGAUUUCCUCUGGGCCCGGCUGGCGGUGGGCACGGCCGUUGCCGGGCUCGGGGGACUGGUGUUCCUCCUCCUGCAGCAUCUCAUCUCCUAA